AUGUUGGGCUACAUCUGUGGUGGUCUACUGGCUCUUGGAGACACGCACGAUUUUUACAUACCACCAGAAGACAUUGAUGAAAAUCGUCUUAAAAUGAUCAGGAGAGCCCUUGGCCUUAGUCAAAAACCUCGUGCGUCUGAGAAACCGCUUUUUGAUAUGAUGGUCCAAAGACAAAAUAUGCGUAUACUGAACAAGGAUGAAGUGCUUCCCAUUUUGAGUACACCAGAAGCAUUGAGGCGACGAAAAGCCGGUCCGACAUCGCCACCUCGCAUGGAAAUACAUGUCGACAAAACUACCGCAAGCAUUAUAAAUUCUGACGAAAUUAUCAGUCAAUUAAAGAAGGAAAGACGACGAGAAAUGUUAAGAAGACAUAGGGCAGGAUUAGUGUCUAUGAGUGAUGGCGAAGCGUUAUUAAAACUGCAUGAUAUUGCAGAUGGAAAUAUAACAAAGUCAAUCAUGGAAUUGAUGAUUGAUAAAAAUACAGGUCGAAUGUUGAAGACAGAAGAUAUAAUUCGUAGAAUAGUUUCAUCGAGAUCACAAGCUAUAGCGAGUAAAAUCUGUGUGCAACCGUGCCAACCUGUAAAAGAUGUCGUGAAACCAACGCAGAAGAAAAUCUCUCGAGCUUUUUUAAGUCACCCUAGACCACCAAUACAGCAGAAGAACAAAAUGAAAAUUCCCACUAAAUUACCACCUCCAAAAUCGACGGGUGCCCUAGGAAAAAGUUUAAUAAAAAUUCAUAAAGCAAUGAAGCAGAGUGAAAUAGCUCCAUCAUAUUUGAAAAUGUUGAAAAGUCUUGAUAAAAACAACGGCAAGUAUGACAAGCCACCGUGGAACAAGUAUGACAUCAUGUCCAAACUGCGAACUGAAGAGGGACAUGCUGAAAUCCUGAGAGAGAUAUGUAAAGCGAAAAAAAUUGACAAGAUCCCACCAUCCAAUAUAGAACAGAAGAAAGAUAGGAGGAAUGAAGCAAUACAUAAAUUCGAUCAGAAAAAAAUUAAAAGUGGACAGUUUUAUAAGUCCCCGAUACAAAUGCAGAAUAUAGAGUACACCAGUUCUAGUUCUGACUCGGAAAGAUCCUUGUCAGACUACUAUCGUCGAGGUUCCUUAAAACGGUCGAGGACGAAUUCUUCGGUAACUUCGUCCAGCAAUAAGCGGAGUGGCAUUCAAUUUAUUAAAAAACUAAAGGCAAAUAGCAAGAAACGGUCGUCUAUCUCAAUUUCGAAAAAAGCCAAGAAUGCAGACGCCAAGAAAGUAUCCGCCAAAAAUGCAGAUGCCAAUAAUGUAGCUGCCAAGAAUGUAGCCGCUAAGAAUGUAGCCACCAAGAAUGUAGCCACCAAGAAUGUAGCCACCAAGAAUGUAUCUGCCAAGAAUGUAGCUGCCAAGAAUGAAGCUGCCAAGAAUACAGACCAAGCAAAACGUGAAUCAAUUUUCAAGAAAUCUGAAAGUGUACCAUUUAUAAAGUCGGAAGUCGAACUAAAGAAUGUUUUACCUACAGCGAGUAGCGCCAGUGUUGCCAAAAAAACUAAUACAAAAGACGAGAAACGGUCGCCGCACUCGGAUUUGCAAAAAGUCAAAGGUAUAAAGGGUAAGAAUCGGUUACGACACACUUCUAUGAAGAAAGUGAAAGGAAUACAUAAUAGAAGACACGGAUCCAUUAUGAACAAAUUGAGAAGUACACCGUUCCUAAAUUCAGAAACAGACUUGAAAAACGUUCCACGUCAAAGGAAACACGGUCUGCGUCUGGUUAAAAAAUCUAUGAAAAAACAUCACAUGACACCAUAUGACUUAGAAAAGAAAAAUCAUAAACCUAUUAAAAAAAAGAAACUAGAUGAUAGCAAAUCAGCAGUGGUGCACUUGAAAAAGAAUGAAAUAGUUAACAAAUUAGGCAGCGAGGGAGGCGAGGCUGAAAUUGUAUAUGCUAUUCGUAAAGCUAUAAGAAGAGGAGAUAUUUCACCAUCGCUUCUAGACAUUGUGAUAAAUAAUGAAGUACAUCAAGCACUCAAUGAGAAUAGAAUUUUAGAUUAUAUAGGCAGCAGAAAUAACGUUACACCUAUGUGCAAACGUAAAAUAUUCUUCAAUCUAAGCACUGAUGAAGGUGUUGAUAAAAUCACUAAGCGUAUUGCCGAUGCCAUAAGAAGAGGUCUAGUGCCACCAUCGGUGAUACAAAACAUCAUUAACAAAGACCCACCGGAACAACCUUUUAAACAGAAAUCAACAAAAAUGGGUGAAGUGUUAGACAAAUACGAAGUACUUAAAAGACUUGGAAGGAAAAAUGGCGAAUCUAAGAUUUUGAAACAAAUUUGUAGAGCUAUAAGGAAAGGGGAAAUUACAACAUCACUAGCAAACAUUAUCAAAAAUAAAGCGAAAACAAGUCAAAAAGUAGACAAAGGUCAAGAACAUGUCAUUGACAAAUGUGACAAGAAAUUGGGUAAUAUGAAGGAACAUCGUCCAGGCUUACAUCUAAAUUUAAAAGCACGAAAUAAACGCAAACUAAAGAACAAAUCAUCUUUAGCCAAUUUCUCAGAACAGUGUGAAAAAAACAAACUUAAAGACUCGGAACUAUGGUCAUCAUUGUCAAAAAUGCUAGAAGAUAAAGAAAAUAAACGUAUGAAAAGAAGUAGUCUGAGUCAAACUAAAUCUACAAUGUCAACGAAAUCUUUUAAAUUUACACGUACAAGAAGAGUACGCGGACCUCUUACGAAAAUGCCUAAAGAGAAGGAUAAUAAACGUGCAAGCGAUACCACUGUUCAAUCAGCAAUGAAGAAAGUCCGUUUAUCUAUGUCAACCGGCCAGAUAAAUCCAUCGUUUGCUAGACUAUUGCGAGGAAAGAAUGAGAGGAAAAUAAACGAGGCACUGGAAAAUUUGCAUCUCAGAGAUAUGGAAGUAGUUAGAAAGAAGAUUUGUAAAGCCAUUAAAAAAGGAUGCAUAUCACCAGCUAUUUUGUAUGAUGUUCUCUACCAUAUUAAACCACUGGACAGUAAAUCCCAAGUUAUUGAAAAGGUUCUCAAUGCUGUAGAAAAAGAAAAAAUACCAAUUGAUGUCUUGUGUCAAGUUUUGGAUACUGUGCAACCAAACGAUGACAGAUGUAAAGUUAUCGGUAUUAUUCACAAAGCGUUAGAAAAAACCCUAUUAAGCCAAAACGUGAUAGAGGAACUGCUUAUUGAUAAGCCUGAUAUAGAAUUUGUUCCGAGAAAACCUGAAAAAAUUAAGAGCAUUCUUAAAGUGUCAUCAACAAGCGAAGUGUUGUCACAUAAAGAUACUUCAUAUAAACGAACAUCUACCGAAGAAAUUAUGAAGAAAGUUCGAAAAGCUGUCAAAGAACGAAAAAUAUCUGCAUCAGUUUUAGAUGAUCUUAAAAAUGUACAUCCUGGCGAUAAUAAAUCAAAAGUUUUGAAAAAAGUUCGAAACGCCGCUGAAAAAGGCCAAUUACCACUUUCAUGUCUAAGCAAAAUAUUAGAUAACAUGCAUCCAAAUGAUACCAGAGCUGUAGUUAUGGAGAAAAUUAAAAAAGGAAUUGAAAAUAACAUGGUACCGACACAUGUAAUGGAUGACAUCUUCGGCAAAGAACCGCAGCCUUGUGAUAAUAUUUUAGUUAUGAUGAAUAAUGUUCGAAAAGCAAUAAGUAAGGGCCAACUUUCACCAGCUGUCAUGGACGACAUUCUAAAUAGUGUCCGCCCAAAUGACAGUAAAGAUGAAGUAUUGAUGAAAAUUUGGAAAGCGAUAACAAAGGAACACACCACUUCAGCGGUCCUAGUUGAAGUUCUCGCUAAAGUACAAGAUAGUAAAAGUAAAUCUGAAAUCGUUAAGAAUAUCAGUAAGGCUAUACACAACGGACAACUACCACCGGUACUUAUGGAUGAAAUUCUGGCACAUAUUACCGCGUGUGAUUCAAAAUCAUUGAUCAUAGAUAAAGUUAAACAAGUAAUGAAGAAGAGAUACUUACCGCCAGAGGUGAUCAGUAAUAUCUUCGGAAAACAUAAGGCUGGUGGCAGUAUAUCAGCUCAUAUUAUCGAAAAAAAAUUUAAACAACCUAAUGUGACCCAGUCAGAGCUUAUAAGAAAAGCAAUGAGCAAGGGUUUAAUUUCUGCUGAUACUGAUAUGUAUGAGUUAAUUAGCAACCAACCCUGUGCUUCCGGAUCACAAAUUUCAAAGAAUUAUCGAAAAGUGUUAGCUAGGAAACAUCGGAGUCCUUCGGUCAAUAGUGACGUCAUUACGAAAAUAUUUACUCGGAAUAGUAAAUCGGAAGUCCUAACAAGACUUGGAAAAGCUGCAGAAAAGGGACAAAUACAACCCGAAGUUCUGAAUGAAGUUCUAAACAAUAUAACCCUAAAUGACAGUAAGGUCACUGUCGCUAAUAAGGUCCAAAAAGUUUUACAAAAACGACACGUGCCUUCUCCUGUUAUCAAUGAUAUCGUCGCUAGUAAAAAACUUAGUUACAGCAAAUCACAAAUGUCGGAGCGCUUGCAAAAAGCUAUUAAUAAGAUGUACAUGACACCUUCUGCGUUGAAGGAAGGCCCCACUAAAAUAAAUAGCAGCAGUGGGACGUGUGAAGUUAGGAAAAAGAUCGGCAAAGCUACGGACAAGGGUCGUAUUCCAUCAGUUGUGAUUAAUGAAAUACUAGCUCACGUUCAACCUGGUGACGACUUGACAGAUAUCGUCAAGAAAAUUUGUAAAGCUUUAGUUAAGGAGUUUGUUAUGCCGUGUAUAGCAAAGAAAGUGAUCACUGAUGCUCACAGCGCCAGAAAUAGCGGUCAAAUCAUCAAAAUAGUUCGUGAAGCGGUAAACAAAGGACAACUCCCACAAGUUGUCCUUAAUGAUCUACUUGCUAAUGUUAAACCCAAUGAAAAGAAAUCCAUCACAUUGAAGAAGCUAACAGAAGUUUUGGAAAAGAGACAAAUGCCUGCCGACGCUGUAGAUAAUGUAGCAGCAAGUCUGCAGAAAAUUGACAAUAGGACAGAAACUACAAAGCAUCUUUGUAAAGCAAUGGAAAAAAGGCUACUUCUUCCAGGAAUGAUGCAAAGGAAUGACAGCAAUCUGCAAUCUGAUCUCAAAGCCGAAACCUUACAAAAAGUCCGCGAUGCUGUAAAUAAGGGUUAUUUAUCUCCCUGCGUGUUGGAUGAAAUAACGAAUAAUAUUAAUGUAAAGGAUACAAAGUCUCAGAUAGCGAAGAAAGUUUGUAAAGCAAUUGCAAAGAGACACGUAAUGAAUGCUGUUGCUGAAGAUGUAUUAGCCGAUGUUAAGAAAAGUACUAAAAAACGUGAUGUCUUUAAGAAAAUUGAAAAAGCGGUAAACAAAGGGCUAUUACCUCCAUCCAUCUUAGAUGAAAUCACUGCUAAUGUAAAGCUUAGCGAUAACAGGUCCAGUAUGUUCAAGAAAGUUUGCAUGGCUAUAAAAAAUAAAACGGUGCCACCAUCACUCAUGGAAGACUUAUUAGGCGAUUGUCAGGUUGAUGGUGAUAAAGCUUAUGUUAUGAAGAGUAUCCGUGCAGCUAUUGAAAAAAGAUAUAUAACACUCAGUGUGAUGGAGCAAGUCCUUGCUACUAUAAAAACUAAGGAUAAUAAAAAAGAAAUCAUAAAAAAGAUUUGCAAAGCUAUGGAAAAGAAAUUAGUACCACAACCAGUGGUGUAUGAGAUACUGCACCCUAAUGAAGAUGAGUCUCCUAUGAUGGAAAAAGUUCGUUAUGCUGUCACAAUCGGUCGAUUAUCGCCCUCCACUUUGGAAGUGAUAAGAGAUAUAGAUGAAGCAAAGCAAAUCAGGGACAUGAAUAAUGUACUCGAUAACUUAGAUAGAUGUAAAGAAAAAUCUGAAAUUAUAAAAAAUCUUCGCAUUGCGGUAAACAAGGGUCGACUGCCACAGAGUGUAAUGAAUGAUGUUAUUAAAAGUUUACGCACUAAAGACGGCAAAGACGAAACGAUAAAGAAAGUCCAAAGAGCCAUUAGAAAGCGUCAGUUAUUGCCUAAAAUAAUAAAAAUAAUCAAAAAUAAAGACGAUGCCACCAAGAAUGAAGCACUGAUUAGUUUGACAGCCAGUGACAUGAAAAUGAUCAAUGAAGGUACCUAUAAAGCAAGUUCUUUUCUGGUAGAGGUGUGGGACAGCCAUGCUUCAGUACUAAUGGGUCGGCUCGACCGCAGUGAUACCACGGCCUCACAGAAAACCAGCGUGAAGCAACCACAGCGUUGUAUUUCGCCGUUUAUGACGCAAGAUGCUGCCGAGACUCCAUUAAAAAAUAUUACAGCAUGUAUAAAUUCAACUGAAAUGAAAGAAAAGAGGGAUGCAAUAAACAAUUGUUUCAAAAAUAUCGUGAGAAAGAAUCUAAACAGUUCAUAUAAUGAAGAAUGUACGAUUCCCGAAUUGGAGCAGAAAAUAAAAGAACAUCAAAAUGCAUUUACAACUACAUGUGGCCUUCGUUUUCCUAACACAAAUAUGACGAAUCUUAUGGAUUAUAUUGAAUUCAGUUUGAGCAACGACUCUUUUAAAGAGUUCUACAGCGACAUUGACUGCGUUAAAAAAUUCGAAAAGAACAUAAGCGCAUGUGUAAAAAGUAUAGUUGGAUAUAUACCCAUAAGUGAAAAGGCAACCCACUCUUCUUUUAACAAAAAAAUGGACCUGGCGUAUUCUCAAAGAAAUUGUGAUGAAAAUAAUAUGGUAAAAGAUUGUGUAUUGAAACUUUUACGCACAUGUCAGCCAAGCACUAGCAAAUAUGUGACUUCAUUAUUUGACUUUGCGCACAGCAAAUGUUCUAACCUAACAAUUAAAGCAGAGCCCAGCAAGACCGUAUUAAGGCGAUUAAAAGUGGUUGUAGAGUCAUGCUUCGGCACGAAUGGUUCGGCUCGACUGGAGUGA